AUGCGUGACGACGCAGCCGCUGCUGCUCUGCUUUGCUUUGAUGGUUCUCCAACAGCCGUCUUUGAGAGCUUCAGUUUCUCUCGAUUGCAGGGAAACUUCCCUGUCAGCCUCGAUGUCAUCGAGGCUGGCACCUUGUUUCUUCGAUCCCAAUCGCCACCAUCUCGCCGAUUGAAAUCAUCAACCAUGAGAGCUGGUCGCGAACGCGCUCAGCGCAACCUCUACGUUCUCAAUCUUCCUCUGGAUGCUACCACCGAUCAGUUUGAGGAGAUGUUUGCUCAAUUUGGCUCGGUCGAGCACGCCGUGAUCCUGGCCACACUCGACCAUAUGGCUCGCAGACGCGGCUUCAUCCUUAUGUCGGAUUCCAAUCAAGCUGCAGCUGCCAUCGAGCACCUCAACGGGUACCAAUGGCACAACUAUCGCAUCGAGGUCUCUUUUGCCAUUGUCCAGCGGAGCGGUACGCCCUUUUCUCAUGAUUCCGCCCAUUCCAUCAGCGAACAGAGGCCGAGCCGACCAGAAGCGAUCGGCACUGCACAGCCGGUAAGCAGCCGCUUCUGA